AUGAGCGGUCUAUUGAAGCUGUCGUCUCUGUUAGCGAGAAAUCCGCCCACAACCACACUGAAUAAAUUGGGAUUACCCGUGAUCACAAGUCGCAAAUUACACUAUACACCAGAUGGGAAAGCUGCAAAAGUCUCCGAAGGUGUUUCUAAACAGUAUCCAUUGGUAGAUCACACUUAUGAUGCUGUUGUGGUGGGUGCUGGUGGAGCAGGAUUGCGUGCGGCCUAUGGGUUGGUUGCUGAAGGUUUCAAAACAGCUGUCGUUACUAAACUGUUCCCUACAAGGUCGCACACAGUUGCUGCUCAAGGAGGUAUCAAUGCUGCCUUGGGUAAUAUGGAAGAUGACAAUUGGCAGUGGCACAUGUAUGACACAGUUAAAGGAUCUGAUUGGCUUGGUGAUCAGGAUGCCAUUCAUUACAUGACUCGCGAGGCUCCAAAGGCAGUCACUGAAUUGGAGAAUUGUGGCAUGCCUUUCAGUAGAACUACAGAUGGAAAAAUUUAUCAACGUGCCUUCGGUGGCCAGUCAUUGAAAUUUGGAAAAGGUGGCCAAGCUCAUAGAUGCUGUUGUGUGGCGGACAGAACAGGUCAUUCGCUGCUUCACACAUUGUAUGGCCAAUCACUGAGCUAUGAUUGCAACUAUUUCGUGGAAUACUUUGCUCUGGAUCUUCUCAUGGAGGAUGGGGAGUGCAGGGGAGUAAUCGCUCUUUGCUUAGAAGACGGAACACUUCAUCGUUUCCAUGCCAAGAACACAGUAUUGGCAACUGGUGGCUAUGGACGUGCGUAUUUCUCUUGUACAUCUGCUCACACGUGCACCGGUGAUGGCACGGCCAUGGUAUCCAGAGCUAAUUUGCCUAAUCAAGACUUGGAGUUUGUACAGUUUCAUCCUACUGGAAUAUAUGGAGCUGGUUGCCUCAUCACAGAAGGCAGUCGUGGUGAAGGAGGCUAUCUCAUUAAUAGCCAAGGUGAAAGGUUUAUGGAACGUUAUGCUCCAGUCGCGAAAGAUUUAGCCUCUAGGGAUGUCGUAUCUAGAUCUAUGACUAUUGAAAUCCGGGAGGGCAGAGGUGUUGGGCCCGAGAAGGAUCACAUUUAUUUGCAACUCCAUCAUUUACCGCCUGAACAAUUGGCAGCCAGAUUACCUGGAAUCUCGGAGACAGCCAUGAUAUUUGCCGGUGUUGAUGUAACGAGAGAACCUAUUCCAGUUUUACCUACGGUACACUACAACAUGGGAGGUGUACCUACUAAUUAUAAAGGACAGGUUUUAACCAAGAAAAAUGAUCAGGACACCGUUGUACCUGGAUUAUAUGCGUGUGGAGAGGCAGCUUGUGCGUCUGUUCAUGGCGCUAAUCGUCUUGGUGCUAAUUCUUUGUUAGAUUUAGUCGUGUUCGGACGUGCAUGCGCUAAGACAAUUGGUGCAGAAAAUAAACCGGGAGAAAAAAUUGGAGCACUACGACCUAACGCUGGAGAGGAAAGUGUGGCUAACUUGGAUUCAAUUAGGCACGCGAGCGGUAAUAUUUCCACCGCAGACCUAAGGUUGAACAUGCAAAAAACUAUGCAGACUCAUGCAGCCGUAUUUAGAGACGCUCAAACGUUACAAGAAGGUUGUCAAAAGAUGUCUAGCUUGUAUAAAAGAUUAGAUGACCUGAAGGUGUCGGAUAGAUCUAUGGUAUGGAAUUCCGACCUCGUAGAAUCUUUGGAAUUGCAAAAUUUAAUGAUCAACGCUAUGCAAACAAUAGUAGCCGCUGAAAACAGAAAAGAAAGUCGCGGAGCUCACGCGCGCGAAGAUUUCCGAGAUAGAAUCGACGAAUACGACUAUAGCAAACCUAUAGAGAAUCAAACACCGAAGCCACUGGAACAACAUUGGAGAAAGCACACACUCACGAAAAUUAACCCCAGGACAGGAGAAGUAUCGAUCGAGUUUAGGCCAGUCAUAGACAAUACUCUAGAUAAACAGGAAUGUGCGACGGUUCCGCCUGCGAUUCGUUCCUAUUAGAGUUAUUGCUCGAAGUAAAUAACGAUUCUAGCUUUCCUAGCUUUCCAACGACAUUUUUUAUCGCCAACUAUAGUUUUUAAAAUUACUCGUUUGUGCGACACAUUCAAUUUUUGUACGGGUUGGUAACAACCGGUAAAAAGAAGGAAAAGUUACCGAUAUAUCCUUAUCUAUCAUCAAUACGAAUACAGCAAUUUUAUUUAUUAUCGCACGUGAACCACUUCGUGCACCAAAGUGUAAUUCUUGUCAAUAUCUUGUACGCGAACAAGAUUAGUUGCCCUUGUAGGAUAAUGGUGCUGAAAUUAUCUUUAUAGCUUCAGGAAAGAAUUUCUCCCGAUCUCUUAGCGAAUCAAUAAACUAAAAUGGAGUGAAACGUUUUUAGCGUGAUUCAGACAGCAAAAUAAUUUCACGCACAUGAAUCUUAUGAAGGAACGUGUUUCCUACCUCUACACGCGAUCUUAUUUUCAGUAUUUUCUCUUCAUGUCAUUUCACAUUUCUGUCAGUUGUUUCGUUUUUUAAACAAUGCCAAAUAUUAAGAUCUACAUUAAUGGACAAUAUUGUACGAUAUAUAAUGAGCUGGUGCUCCCUGAAAGAUUGUACGAGUAAAUAUAAACCCAGUUUUUACGCGGCUGGAAUACUUAACUUUAACAGGUUGAUGUGGAAACAGUCUUGAACGAGAGCAAUAAUUAGACUUAAUAUUGUUUUGUAGUGGAAACUUUCUUCAGUAUUCAGUGUCCGGUAAAAUUUAUCCGUUUUCUUGUAUUAUAGAUUAAGCCUGUCUGAAUUUAUAAAAUAUCAGUACUUACAUUUGAACGUUCUCACUAUGUACCAUCAUAUUUACCGAUCAUAUAUACACAUGUGGUUUCUUAUUUGGCGAUAAAUCUCUUCUGUGUCGCCUGUUAGACAUUAUUAAUUUAUCGUACUACGUAUUUUGUGAAAUAUACAAGUGAGCAAGUCUCGAAUUCAAAAGUACAUGCAUGAAAGAAUCAUGUAAGUAAUUUGGUGUGAAUGAAACAAAAUGUACAUAAGAUUGUCAAUAAAAGAGAAGCAUUCGUACUAUCCUUUUAUCGUAGAAA